UUUCACCGCUGCGGGUCCCCGUUGCUAGUCGAAAGAAGACGCAUAGUGGAAAUACUCACUUUGCUUUAGGGACACAAGCUUCUUGAGGUCAGCAUAAUAAUAGUACUACUGACUUGACUACUUUGUGAUAAUGGAGAGAGUGGGAAGAAAGAGGUCAUCACCUGUACCAAAUGGAGGACAGUCUUCAGCAUGUCCCCCAAAUAGAAAGAUACAGAAAAUGGAUCAAAAAGAGAAGGAAAGACUCCACAGACUAGCUGCUGAAGAGUCACGGCGAUCCUUCCAGCUUCAGCCUCACGUUGCAGGCUGGCCUGCCUCGCUCCUGGCAUCAAUGACAGGAGGAUCAGCUUACGAUGGAAAGAGACCAACAGGAACGCCACCUUUCAUAUAUCCUUCAAUGACCCUUGUUCCUUCACUGUCCACUCCAUCAAGAGCCUCACUUGUUCCUAGCAAUAGCACCGGAAGUACCCCGAUACUUCCUUCACCUUCACUCCAGUCCAGGCCAAUACACCAUCAGCCUCCCCCUCCCUCUACCGUCAAAUCACACUUAAACCGAUCCACGGACGGGGGCCGCCCUCAAUCAGAAGACGAGGCUGAGAGACAAAAAGACUCUUCUACGCCCACGCAAGAAAUGAGCUACACUCCUGGGGGCGGGAGCAGUAGUGUCUACCCUUGCCUUUACUCCCCGCGUCACAUCUCCUCUCCUUUUCUAUACAUGUAUAGCCAUCGCUCCCCUAUCUCCCCUAUGCUAUUCGUUGGGUCUCCUCGUGCCCCUCCCUCCAUUGCCUCCAUACCUUCGGUGGAGAGCUCCAGUGGUUGCUCUAGCAUGAGUGAGGGAAGCCUCCAUCAUGGCGGAGAUACCAGUCGGGAUGACCACGGGUCUGGAAUGAGAGUUGCACCCGAUGAGUAUCACGUUGGAGUGACCAUACCGCCGACCGAUGAACCAGUGUCCGAUGACGAGUGCGUCUCUUCUCCCUCGCUUAACGAGGAUAAUGAUGGAUCUGGCGAAAAUGAAGUGAUAGAUGUAGUAGGAUCACAACCUUCUCUCCUCCUCCCUCCUCCUCCUCCUCCUGUCUUACUUUCAAGCGGGAAUCCUAAUCUUUCUUCCAUUGGACUCUCUACUACAACAGAGCACAGGAUUAAUGGAUAUGAGAAUCAGGCUGCCUAUACUAAUGUCAUAUAUCACUCUAGUCCAGCUAAUCCUCUACAAAACUCAUCUUGUGUCUCUUCUCCUUCGUCCAGUAGAGGCUCAACUCCUGAACCGACUGAGACAAACAGAGAUGACCCAAGGGGUGGAGCAGUGGAAGGAGGAGUAGUAGGAGGAGGAGGAGGAGGGGAUGAAGCUGACGAUGUAUUCUGUUUAGUCCCUGGAAGACUCUCCCUCUUGAGUGCAACACAGAAAUAUAAAGUAUCACUCGAUGAAGUUAGGAGACGUCUCUCAGGACCAGAGUGCCUCAACGCAUCAGUACUAGGAGGAAUAUUAAGAAGAGCCAAAUCAAAGAAUGGUGGUCAUCAUCUGAGACAGAGGUUAGAAGCAAAAGGCCUCUCUCUACCUGCUGGGCGUAGGAAGCAGACAGAGCUGUUCCUCCUCACUUCUCUUGUCGAGGGAGAGGCCGUCCAUCUUGCCGAGGACUUUAAGAGGCUCUGUGAGAAUUAUUUCCCUCAUACUGAACUGGCCCAGAUCAUAGGAGCACAGCACAUUAAUAGCCCACACGUGGAGAGAAGGAUAUCAAUGGUCCAGGCAGCACAGGUAUUGAUACAAGAGCUACAAGCAAUGGUAGACACUGUGGGAGGUCCUAAUAACCUCCGGCCAGACGACCCCUGCAAUCCAUACCCAGGACUUACUAACUUUAGUCUCCUCUCCCACGGGUUCGGAAACCACAACAUCAGCUCAACGCUAAACAUCAUCCAGUCCUACUUCAAUGACCUCAUAAGAGUCUACGAAGGAAACAAGCCGAACGUUAUGGAGACUGGGGCUCAACAGACCAGCGGCGCUGUUUUUAAUAAUGGUGGAGCGACACCUACACCACCUCCUCCGUCUGUAUUUCAAGCGGGUGGAUCAGGACAACCUGGGAGACAGUCUUUAAAGUCGAAAAUGAUGAAAAGAGAGAAGAAGGAAAGUAUUGCUUGCAAUAGCGUUCUCAAAUGAAUCUCGUACACUCACGGUUAAUGUUCUUUUUUCGUUGUCACUCAUUCAUCCAGCUAUAUAUAAAGAUAUAUAUACAAUAUUAAAACGAUAAACUAAACGGUAGAAUGACAUUUUAAUCUCUCAUCUGUAAUCUGUCCAGUUUAUUUGUGUGAUGUGUGGUGUUGUUUUAUUUACUGUCCUUAUACUCCUCAAUGUGCACUGAUUUCAUCCCUCACUCUUUUUACUACACCCCCUCCUCCCCAUCUCUCUUUAUAAUCUUUUUUGUUUUAUCAUGUAAUUUUGUGUUUAUUCAAGUUGUCAUAAAAUAAAAAAUGAUUAUUGACAAAAGUGAUCAAAAUGGGCAUCUCAAAAAAAUAAUGGUACAAUCUACACCACUUGCAACAGUGGGUCAUUAAAAAAUGUGAUAUGUUAAGUUGUUGAUACAUUAACAAAUAUGGUCUCAUUUCUAAAUGGAAAAGAGGAUUCAUAAAAUGGUUACCAAAAUACCAUCAAAACUAAUUAUAAUUAGUACCAGUCCCUCCCUAUCAUCUUCGCUACAAAACGACCACAAAUGACAUUAAAGGAAGACAGUCCACCAGACGACAAGCGAAAUUCCAAGUAAUAAACAAAGAAAUGUUCCUUUGAUCUAAUCAAGUUCCCGACUGAGGCUAGACAUCUCUUAAAUAAUAGGAUUAUAAUGGACAUAAAAGAAUAAUGGCACCAUUCAAUUAUGAGUGAGAGAGAAGACAAACAUUUACAAGUCACAUCGCAGAUCAUUGACAAUGUAAAGAGAGGAACGUCUACAAUGACCAGCUAUGACUAUUAUUGUAAGGGAAUCAUUACAAACAUUGAGUAAGAGCCAAUGUGGUAUGGGUGUGUAAUUUACCAUUAGACACCAUCUGCCUGACACUUUUGAAGUUUCUCUAUAGCUUUUGUACACAUAGUGCCCACAAUAACUGAUUCUGUGACCCAAAGCUACAAUA